AUCGCUUUAGCCAAUUUCUACGAGCAUGGAUUUAAUGGAUUCUGUUUCCUCGUUGUUCCUGUUUGUCCUUACAAUAGUAUUGGUUUUCAAAAUGAGCAGUUUCUGGAAGACUAGUGGCCGAAAUCUUCCCCCAGGACCAAGGCCGUGGCCACUCAUUGGAAAUCUAAACCUCGUGGAUUUGAAGAGGCCUUACAGAACCAUGCACAAGUUAUCCAAGCAGUAUGGUCCUGUCUUCAGCAUACAAAUGGGACUCGAGACGGUUGUCGUCGUGUCGGGCUAUGAGACUGUAAGGGAGGCCUUGGUGAAUCAAGCAGAUGCCUUUGCGGGGAGGCCCGUGUUCCCAAAAUCUGAAAUUAUGCCAGGAAACUAUGGAGUUGUUCUUUCUCAUGGUGAGAACUGGAAGGUGAUGCGGCGGUUUAUGAUAACCACGUUUCGUGACUACGGAAUGGGCAAGAGGAGCACAGAGGACAAGAUUGUGGAAGAAUGCCAUUUCCUAAUCCAGAAAUUUGAAUCCUACAAAGGAAAACCAUUUGAGGCCACUAUAAUCAUGAAUGCCGCUGUUGCCAACGUUAUAGUGUUCAUAUUACUGGGCAAGCGAUAUGAAUACGAAGAUCCCACUUUAGUACGACUACUGAACAUGGUCAAUGAAAAUACGCGGCUUAAUGCAUCUCUCAGCGCCAUGAUUGCCAGCAUGUUUCCUGCCCUGGGUUUUCUUUUUGAGAAUCACAGGGCAUUCCUUAAGAACAUCAAAAGUUUUCACGCCUUCAUACAGGCCACCUCUGCAGAACAUCUAAAAAAACUGGAUGCGAAUGACCAGAGAAGCUUUCUCGAUGCUUUUCUAAUCCAACAGCAAGAGGAGAAGAACAGGAACCAGAGUAAUGGAUUCUUCAAUAAUGAAAACCUAAAGUGUGUUGUGAAUGAGUUAUUUGGUGCUGGCAUGGAGACCACUUCGACCACCUUGCGUUGGGGUCUGUUGCUGAUGAUGAAGUACCCUGAAAUUCAGAAUAAGGUCCAAGAAGAAAUUGCAAAGGUGAUCGGGUCUGCUCCACCUCAGAUUGAACAUCGGUCAAAACUGCCCUAUACAGAUGCCGUAAUCCAUGAAGUCCAGAGGUUUGCUAACAUCCUCCCUAUAGCCCUCCCACACGCUACUGCUGUGGACGUCACUCUGAAAGGCUAUUUUAUUCCAAAGGGAAGGCAAGUCAUUCCAUUACUGUACUCUGUGCUGUAUGAUGAAGCUCAGUGGGAAAAACCCUUGAAAUUCUAUCCGGAGCACUUCCUUGAUUCCGAAGGAAAGUUCAGAAAGAGGGAAGCCUUCAUGCCUUUCUCUGCAGGUCGGCGAGUUUGUGCUGGAGAGAUCCUGGCCAGAAUGGAGCUCUUCCUCUUCUUUGUGAGUCUCCUGCAGAGAUUCACCUUCCAGCCAGCCCCUGGGACGUCAGAAGAAGAUCUGGACCUGACUCCAGCAAUCGGGUUCAUAUUGUCCCCGAUGACCUACAAUUUAUGUGCUUUGCCACGUUCUUAA